UGGACCAUCUGAUUAGAUGGCAGGUUUCCCCCAUAGUGGAUACAGAAAGGAUCUGAUAAACACAAAGAGCCAACCACACAAAAUUGAGCUCAGCUGUCUCACCCGCGUGUCCGGGACACUGGGCGAACCGAUGUCGGAACGUACCGAAGGAGACUUGUACUCGGAGACUGUUCUUCAUGUCACGCCGCAGAACCAUAUCCUUGGUCAAUUCUGGUUGCCUGUGUUCGUAGUGUGGGGUGAUCAUUUACUAGCACUUCGCUAGAUCCCACCGGAAGGAUUGAGAGGUGGCACUGGACAGCUGCCAAGACCGUAGAGUUUUUGCUGUCCAUCUCUUCAUGAGGCUUUAAUAAACUUCUUCUACUCUUCUUCAUCUCGCUCUCUCUCUUUGUCUGUGCAACAUCGACUUUACCUUGUAGCCUCUCGGAACAUCGGGCAGCUUGAGAAGUCGCCAAAUAUGUCGACACCCACGGCCGACAACCAGCCAGUGGCUCCCGAAAAGGCUCCCGCCCAGAACGAUGCACCUCAGGACUUCUUCGAGCCGGAUGAGAAGCCCGACCAAUCCGCCGAGAAUGAGAGGUCAAAGGAAGUCGGUGUCAGCAGAGUUGAAGCCUUCAACAAAGUACUCUACCAUUCUGGCCAGAAGGGCAAGAUUCUACUCUGGCUCCUCGGCGUAUCCAUCGGCCUGACUAUGUUUGCCUAUGCCCUCGAUAUGGGUAUCACCACAACCAUCUUUGGCACGCUGGCUGCUUCAACGUUCAAGGUCCACAGCCAACUUGGUACCGUCAAUACUGCCAGUCAGAUUAUCCGCGCCAUCAGCAAGCCUUUCAUCGGAAAACUUGCCGACAUCACCUCGCGACCUACGACGUACGUUGUCAUUCUCGCCUUCUACGCCGUAGGUUUUGCCGUUGCAGCCAGUGCCACCGCCUUCCCCGCCUAUACUGUCGGUAUCUGCUUCACUUCUGUCGGCAAGUCAGGCCUCGAUCUUCUGAGCGACAUUAUUGUCGCCGAUUUGACUCCUCUGGAAUGGCGCGGCUUCUUCGGUGCUUGCCUGUCCCUGCCUUUUAUCGUCACUGUCCCUGUCAACGGUUUUAUUGCCGAGGGCUUCUACGAGAACUGGCGAUGGGGCUUAGGCAUGUUUGCCAUACUCGUUCCUGUUCUCCUCAUCCCGGCUAUUUUUACCCUCUACGCCAUGCAGCGUCGCGGAGAGAAGGCUGGUAUGGUUACCAUUGCCGAUUCUAAGAACGUUCGCACCGGUGUCUCUGAGGCCCCCUCCAAGAACUUGGUGUACUGGGCCAAGCUUGCGUACCGGGGUAUGAUUGAUAUUGACAUUAUUGGCCUCAUCCUCCUUGGCUUUGCCUUCUCUCUGAUCCUCUUGCCUAUCACACUGGCUAAGAGCGCCGAUGGCGGAUGGACCAACGCAAGCAUGAUCGCUAUGAUCGUCAUGGGGUUCUUCAUUCUCACAAUCUUCGUCCUGUUCGAAAUCUUCCUCGCUCCGAAGCCCCUCAUGACGAAAAGCAUUCUGCAGAACCGGGCCUUCAUCGCAGGUGUCAUCAUCCACACUUUCAAUCAAAUGGCCUCCUCUGUUCGCAACACCUACUUCUCAUCAUACAUCCUCAUUAUCAAGGAGUGGACUACCUACCAGUGGACUAUCUUCUUAGGCAUAACUACCAUGGGUCUUUGCCUGGUCGGCCCUGUGGUUGGUCUCAUUCACCGCAGCACUCAUCGUUACAAGAGCCUGAUGGUCUUCGGUGCGGCCGCCAAGAUUCUCGGUUACGGCCUUCUGGUCCAGCCGACCGGCAAUAUGACCGAAGAUACUGCUCGGCUUGUGGCAGCGCAGCUCAUCUUCUGUCUUUCUUCCCUCAACGUAGUUGGUGCGCGCGUUGGUGUACAGGCGUCUGUUCCGCACGACGACGUUGCCUCAAUCAUUUCCAUCAUCACCUUGUGGUCUACCUUGGGAUCCAGCAUCGGAAGCGCCGUUGCAACGAGCAUCUGGACGGAGCAGAUGGUUGACCAGAUGCGUGAGGAACUUCCCGGCGUUUCCAAUAGUGUUAUUGCCAAGAUUUACGGCAAUAUCAAGACGUUGAAGAAGUACCAGUUUGAUGAUCCCAUUCGCCAAGGGUCUAUCCGCGCCUACGCUGUCGUAAACGGGCACAUCACAAUCGCCGCCAUCUGCCUGUCAUGUAUCCCUCUUAUCGCUUCUUUCUUUAUGCCGAACUACUAUCUGGGCAAGCAGCAGAACGCAGCCAAUAACAAGGGUCUGGAUGGCGAGGUUGUCGAUGUGCCGGAUCACAGAGAAGCUGGAGGAGCAGCGACUGCUCAGCCGGAGGCCAUAACCUUCUGGCAGAAGGUACUUGCUUUGUACCACAAGUAGCUCGUGCUAAGUUAGCAUUGAGCCUGACCAUGUCUACUUUACCUAAUUGAGCGGCAUGGCAAAGUAAAUGAGUCGGCCACAGACCUCGUAGUAAGGAC